GCCAUUGCCACUGCCUACUUAACACAAGAGUUUCAAGAGCCAUUCCAUUCCACUCUCUCCUCGCCGCCUGCCGCCGCCGGCCAGCACCACCGGCAGCGUCAGCAUGGGUUCCGACUUCAAGGCCAUCCCGCUCGUCGACAUCAGCGCGCUCGUGGAGAAGGUCGACGAUCCGGGCAUGGCCGGCGACGGGGACCUGCUGGACGUCGUCCGCGAGCUCGACCGCGCCUGCAAGGACGCCGGCUUCUUCUACGUGAAAGGCCACGGGAUAGCGGAGCCGUUGAUGGCAGAAGUGAGGGACGUCACGCGCAGCUUCUUCCAGCUCCCGCUCGAGGAGAAACGCAAGAUCAGGCUCACACCUCGGACUGGAUACAGAGGGUACCAGAGAGUGGGCGAGAACAUCACCAACGGCAAGCUUGAUAAGCAUGAAGCGAUCGAUUGCUACGCGCAUAUCGAACCGGGCAAGUAUGGAGAUCUCGGCAAGCAUUUGGAAGGAGAUAAUUUGUGGUAUGUUUCCCAAUCCCAUCUCUAUAAGAUGUAUUUUCAUGUGAAACAACAUGUUUUCACUGAAAUUAUAUGGUAAAAGUAUCAUUUCGGAGAUGGAAGCGUGUCCUAAACGCCUACAUUUGUAUGGAUCGGAGGAAGUAGUAGUUUUGUCGCUCAUCUCUACCUUCACUUCGUUCCUUCCUUCGCUCAAGGCGAUCGCUCCUCUCCUUCCGGUGUCCGUCCCGAUCGCUAGCCAAAGGUUUCGGGAGUAUGACCAGGAGGGCUGCAGCCGCCCCAUCUAGGCCGUCGACAGUCGCGAGCUGCCCAGAUCCGGUCAUGGCAGGCCGGGGGAUGUCAGCGUGGGCUGAUUCCUUCCCAGAUCCAAUCAUGGAUGUGAGGCAUGCCUUCCCCCUGACCCUGUCAAGGGUUGGCCGGGUCACCGUUGCGGGCCAGUCUACGCUCAGAUCCGGCAAGGGGUCGUGCCAGAAGCGCCGUGACUGCCUCGCUGUGUGGGUCUUGCGGUGGCCAUUCAGGCUUAUGGCGGCGGCCUCGAUGCGGAUUGCGGAUUGUGGCAGUCACCAAAAGAUCUUUGUGAGAGUUUCUUCAUACAGAUCCGGUGGUUGACUUGGGAGAUGAGAUGCAAACUAUUGAUGAUGGCUUGAUGCAGAGGAAUGGUUGUGCAACGGCAGCGGCACAUGUCACCGCUGGGAUUGCGGAAAAGUGGUGGCGACAACACAAGCAAGAUUGAUGGUGGUGCUACUUGAGCACCUGGUCUCGAGCUUCCGGGUGAAAGCCUAAGGUCUGACCCGAGUUGGUUAUACCCGGCAAUGAUGAUGUUUUUACAUCGCUACCUUGUUGAAGGCAUUGUUUGGAUAUGCUCGGACUGGUUUUUCGGGGUGAAAAUUUAGAUUCUGCCUUAGGUGGUUGGAUCCGGUAACGGCGAUGGUUGAGCGUCGCUUCCUUCUUGAAGGCGUUGCUGAAGGAAAUAUGCCCUAGAGGCAAUAAUAAAGUUAUUAUUUAUUUCCUUA